GUGUUUGAGUUGUAGUUAAUAGAUAAUCGUACAUAAACGUUUGUACUUUGCCUCCCCAAAUAUUGUCUGAAGUUUUGGACAGAAUACAUUGCUGAUAUCUAGGCUUGAAAGACGGGGCUAAAGAGAAGUUAUCAAGGAAUAGAAAGAUGGGACUCCUUUUCAUUCUCAGUUGUAUUUGCUCCCUGUUCCCAAUCUACCUAACUCAACUACAAACCCCAAACAUCACAGACCUUACCUUUAAGAACAUGGACUUUGCUAUGAACCUAUACAGACAAAUCUCUACUUCCCACGACAAAAACAUAUUUUUCUCACCCCUGAGCAUCUCAACUGCUUUUGCAACCCUGUCCCUGGCAGCAGUAGGUCCUACACAAGACGAAAUACUGAAAGGCCUUAACCUAGCCCAACUAGCUCGGGAAGACCAACCAGAUCUUGUUCCAGAACUUUUCCAGUAUCUCCAUGGCAACAUCACUCAAGACGGAUUACUGAAACUUGACCAAAGCACAGUUUUCUUUGUUCACCAGAAUUAUGAUGUGAAGAGGGCCUUCAGUGACCAGAUCAAGAAGUUCUUCAACGCUGACAUCAACAACGUGGACUUUUCCGACACAAAGUCCAGUAUUGCCAUAAUUAAUGAGUAUAUCAAGCGCAAGACGGGUAACAAAGUAAAAGAGAUGAUAACCAGUUUGGAUUCACGGAUCCAGCACAUGUUGAUCAACACCAUUUUCUUUCAGGGUGAGUGGCAGAUGCCCUUUGACCCCCUUAACACUGGCAAUGAACGCUUCUACAUCAACAACUACAACAUAGUUCAAGUUCCCAUGAUGUUUAGAGAGGACAAGUAUUACAUGAUGGAAGAUGUUGCCCUGAAAUGUAAGGUCCUGAAGCUUCCAUACAUGAAUGGAGUUUCAAUGUUGAUCCUCCUUCCCAACAAGGGCCUUGAUUACACCACAAUAGAUGAUGAAAUCACUGCUGAGAAAUUCCUCAUGUGGAUCAGAGACCUGAAAAAAAUGAAACUUGAGGUUCAACUGCCUAAGUUCAGAAUGGAGCAAUCUUACGACAUGCACGACAUCCUACCGAAUCUGGGAAUCACCACAGUCUUCCAGCAGACAGCCAAUCUCACCAGACUGAGCAACAAGACACCCCUGAAAGUGUCCGAGGUGCUGCACAAGGCUGUGAUUGAGGUGGACGAGAUAGGCACCAGAGCAGCAGCUGCCACCACGGUUGGCAUCACUGGGCAUUCCUUACCCCCAUCCUUCAUCGUCAACAGACCCUUCUUCUUCUUCAUCUACCAUGAGGCCACCAACAGCUUGCUGUUCAUGGGCAGAGUGAUUGACCCCACCAAAAACUAAGCUUUUGUGUUUGUGUUUCCCUGUUGUAUUAUUUCGUAACAUAGAUAUUUAAACUGGUUGAAAUGUUCUAAGAACUAAUAUGACACCUUUGUGCCUUUCGAUAUUUUGAAUAGUGAAUAAUUGUGUAAAAGACUGUGACUACUGAUAACAAAUCUGCAUAUAAA